AUGGAUACUGUAGUCUGGGGUAUAAAUUAUGUUAUAGGCUGUCUAGGAUAAGAAGACAAUCUAUUAAUUGUAAUUUUAAAUAAGUGUUUCUCACCUAGGCCUACUGCUGUCAUGUUCUUAAAUACAACGUGUGUAUUGUUCAUAUUGACUGAUCGGUGUUCUGAGAUAUGUUACCAUCUCCUAGCUGAUUAUCACAUACUUCAGAGACUGCUUUAUAAGUAGAUAUUGUUCCUGUUUGAAAAAGCACUUCAAUUAUAUUAAUUUCCAUUAUGUAACUUAGAAUCAAACAUUGAAAUGCUCCCAUGAUGACACAACACUAUAAAAGACGCAGAACAAAUAAAUAUACAAUACACAAACACAGCCCACAGAGCAUAAUUAUAGUAUUUCUUCUCAGUAUAAUCAAAUGUAAUGAUGCUAAUCAUCUUAUCAUCCUCUUUUGCCAAGCGACCUGUGUUGUGUUCUAUGUUCUGCGUUUCCAGGAAGUGGAGGAUGAGUCAACGUCUUGUUACUGCCUGAUUGACUCCAGUAGCUGCCACCUGCUGCUGGACCAGCCGGGCUCCUAUGCCCUUGUUGGUGAACCGCUCACCCAGGCAGCCGUGAAGAGGCUGAAGCUAGCAGUGUUUGGCAGCAUGGGGCCAAACCCCAUGGACUACAGCCUCCGAGUCUACUGUGUGGACGACACGCCACACGCCUUUCAGGUACCAUCAUUGUUUCGAGUGUUUGUGGGGGGUUGGUUAUUUUCAUUGAUUGCCGUUGGCUCUCCUGUGCAAUCAUAUGAAGCUCAAUAUUGAUGACAGUGAUUUUGCUCAGGCAGUAGAUGAUAGAAGAAACAUUGAUAUUUACAUUUACAUUUACAUUUUAUAUUUACGCAUUAGCUUUACAAUCAUUUGGUCAUAUUGUACUGUAUGUGAGUCUGAGUUGAUUAAAUUCAAUAAAGCAUGUGAAUGUGUGUAUUGAUAUCUUAUCAUCUAGCAUCAGGGAAUUAAACUUCCUCACUUCCCCUGAGACAGAACAGAACAGGCCUCAGGAGUGACUCAGCUUGUGUUCCUGUGAUUUAGCAGAAGUCACCGGCAGCUGGGUUUAAAAUGCUUUUUUGGAUUUGGUUUAUGAAUCCGUCCCAAGCGCAGCCUGCCGAGCAGAUGCCAGCCCUCUCUGUCCCCUGGGUCUCUGUCGGCUACAAUCACACUCACUGUUGUACACAGUCAAUCACUAGUCAUAUACUUGACCUAGAUCAAUAGGAUGCUCCUGAUAAUAAUAUUAAGGAUCUCAUUUCAGUGAGAGAUUUCCUUUUGAAUGUAGCUGUUACUCUGGCUUCAGCGGCCAUACAAUGUUAGGUUUGGGCUGGCAAACAACCGUCUAGUCUGCAUAGGGAAUACAGAAUCUGUAGAUACAAUUUGCCCAAGCAAUGAUUAUCUUAAAGACGGGGGAUGGGGAAAUGUUGCAGCAUUGAAUGGGGUGUCAUUUCUCAAGGUCACAGACAAUGGCCAUGAUGUGCCCUUAAAGUGAUUGGAUGGAUUUUGAGGAUGAUUUUUAAUAGGAAGCUCUGUGAUCUGCUGGACAACCAUAGAGUUGAGUUCAAUGAUGUCCAGGAUGUAACUGUGUUGAAAGACAAAGGUAGAUGGAGGAUACAUCAUCCAGCAGGUUCGCUGUUGUCAUUGUAUUUGUAUUAUUUUAGCAAUUUUCAAGCAUGUUUUUUGUUCACAUUGCCAAUGGUGGAUUGUUUUUAACACCUACCAUGAAGAAGCAAUAAGCACGCACACACAAUUUUUUUUUGGUGAUUAAGAUGUCUGAAGAUAGACAGCCACAUAAACAGAGAACAAUGAUGCCAGAUGAAUAACUUCAGCCUCAAAUCAAAGAGCUCUUUCAUCACUCCAAAUUCAACUUGGUGGACGGAUGUUAGCCGAUACAUGCUCAUCCAAUGCAUUAAAUUGAAACUUAAAACUUGUAUGGCUCCACAUUUGAUAUAGCUACUAAUGAGAAUUGUAUUUUUUAUAUAUUCUUAAAUGUCAUUUAAGGACACUCUUGACAUGAGAACAAUGCUCAGGUUUUGAUAAUGAUAAUGUUUGCGAUACUGGAUUUGUGGAUCCCCCGGAGCAAGAAUCAGUCACUCAACAGUUGGUUGGCAGUGAACUGGGAUGUAAACUGUGGUGAGACUGUCCCACUGACUUUCUCUCUCUCAUCCAUCCCUCCCUCCCUUCCUCCAUACCCAGGGAGUGGUGGCCACAGAGACAGGUAGAGGAGGACAGCUCCUGGAGGAACCCAAGAUGUUGCCUUUCAGAGGGAACACCUUCAGCCUCCAGGUCUCCAUCCAGGAUGUCCCACAGUUUCUAUGGAACAUCAAACCCUUUACCACGUGUCAGGUAACUGAGACAGUAACUACUUACAGAUUGAGCACUGAAUGAUUUCAGAUACAUUACUGGAAAUCUGAGCAUGGAAAGUUGUAUGUGUUAUUUGUUGCCAGAUUGUUGACAUUGUGGUUACAACCAGACUUACUGGAGGUUGUUUACCUUUAUUGGUACCUGUGUAUGAACACUGCACAGCAAUGUAGGUCAGUAAUUCCUCUGUAAAUAUGUUUUCUAAUAUUGCCUUCAGACAAACGAAGAGGUGUAACAGGUUCGACCUCAAUAUGUCGCAUAAAGCUUACUUCAUUAUUCAAUGUUUUUAAUUUUUUUUACUGCAUCAGGGAUAGCUUACACAGACGUUUCGGCAUUACAGCCUUCCGUGUGUAGGUACAAUUUUCUUUAAAUCAAAACAGCAUUUGUAAAGAACAACAAAUGAGCAGCAGGUGCUUCUAAUCAGGUUUGCCACUCAUCUGCCAAUCAGGGAUGUGGCUUUUCUGGUCUACCUGUAUACAAAUUAUAAUUUGAUAAGAAGCACGUGCUGUUCAUCUGUUGUCCAUUACAAAUGCUGUUUAGAUUUGUUAGUUUUUUUACCUAAACACUGAAGAAGGCUGUAAAGCCGAAACGUCUGUGUACGCUAUCCCUGUUGCAGUAAAAAAAUUAUGAAGUAAGCUUUAUGCGACAUAUUUUUGAACCCAUUACUCCUCUUUAGUUUGUCUGAAUUUGUGGGUUUUACCCACCAGCCAAGCUUCUGGGAGAGCGUGAUCGUUCUCUUUUGAUUAGCUAAUAUUGCCUUCUACCUACCGCUCACUUUAAAAUGUCUGUGCUUGUUUUUCCAAUAGGCUGUAUAAUUGCUCCCAUACAUAUGUGAGUGGGGCGAGGAAGUAGGGUGGCAUGCCUCAGACAGACCGCCAGACAGACACCUCCUCUUGGCUUAUUUAUGAGGAUCUUUGGAGGGAGACUGCCUCUGUGAACCUCCCCCUUUCACUGAGCAGGUGGAGAGUAAUGGCUCUCGCCUGCACCAUACAGUACAUCAAGUCAGCUUUUACUGCUAAAGAGUACCUGGCCUCUCCACGUCCAUCAUUCCCCUAGCACACCAUUAUCUGCUGCAUCCAUCCCGCAUCAUGGAGGAUCUGAUGAUCAAAGCCAAGGGGUUAAGUCCUCUGUAGGCAAACCAGGCGUUAUUUAUUUUUUUAAAUUACUGUACAGUUAGCCGGGGUCCCUAUCACCAUGUGUGAGUCCCAUAAAGCACCAUAUUCCCUAUAUAGUGCACUACUUUUGACCAGAGCCGUAUGGGAAGUUCACUGUAAGUAGUGCACUAUAUAAGGGAUAGGCUGCCAUUUGGGAUGCAUGUCAUCACUGUGAAUAGUUUACUGGUCACUUUAUUGUGCAGAGAUGUUAGAAGGGAGCAUACGGGAGGUCAAGGACGUUUCCCUGCCGAUGUGCCCACGGCAGAAAUUAAUUCUGCAUCAAAGGCAAUAAUUUUCCCGUUCGUCGUUCCCUCGCUCCCAGAUAUCGCGUGUAAUACUUAGCUCGCGAUCCGACUUCCAUUAUCAGAGUUAAGUGGGAUUUACCCCUCCCCCUCUCCCUACAGUACAAAUGCAUAUUUCCAUACACAAUGCUAUCGUUGCAUAACGCUGUGCGACUUCAAACCCCUCAAACACCCUCUUACCCCACUACUUUGUCUGCGUAUGCAUAUGAGACCUUCCCAUGUGAUGGAUAGCAUAGGAGCUGAGUCAUCUUCUGGAGAGGAAUAAUACUGUAGAAGCCCAGAUUCCUCAUCUUGUUUUGCCUCUGUCUUCCUCCUCUCUCUCGCUCUGUCUCUCUCUCGCUCUGUCUCUCUCUCGCUCUGUCUCUCUCUCGCUCUGUCUCUCUCUCGCUCUCUCGCUCGCUCUGUCUCUCUCUCGGUCUCUCUCGGUCUCUCUCUGUCUCUCUCUCGCUCUCUCUCUCGCUCUGUCUUUCUCGCUCUCUCUCUCUCGCUCUCUCUCUUGCUCUGUCUCUCUAUCUCUCUCUGUCUCUCUCUCUCUCGCUCUGUCUCUCUCUCUCUCGCUCUAUCUCUCUCUUGCUCUGUCUCUGUCUCCAUGCAGGAAUUUUCCUUUUCCCAAGUGUGGUGCAGCAACCAGCAGCCCCUGCACUGUGCAUUCUCCCUGGAGAGAUACAGCCCCACCACCACCCAGUUCUCUUGCAAGAUUAGCGUGAAGCAGGUCAAAGGUCACGAGCAAAUUCUGCAGGUCUAUACUUCUGUGGUGGAGGUGAGCCUGGCUCUGUGUGUGGAGGACAUUUUACUCCCACAAUCCAUACAUACAAUCUUUAUUUAACCUUGGUGAGUCAGUGUCCUCUGCUGGCUGAACAGCCUGUCCUCAGGGGUCUGCAGUGGUUGUCUCUCAAAUGUCACCCUAUUCCCUAUAGGGCUCUGGUCAACUCUAGUGCACUAUAUAGGGAAUAGGGUGCCAUUUGGGAUGCAUCCUGUGUUUCUUUAUAAAACAGAGGGUAGAUAGACUAUCAGUGAGAGCUGACUAUUCUUGGUCCUGUGUAUCUUAACAGCCCUUUUGUUAAAUAAAAAUGUAAUUGAAUUAUAUUUGACAACUGUGACAUUGUGUUUUGGCUCUCUCCUUUGUAGAGCAAGAAGGAGUCAGUCCUGUUUUUUAUGCAGACAGACUGCACCGUCACCUCACAGACAGGACCCAAGGCCUUCAAAAUCCCCCUAUCCAUCCACCAGAGGAUCUGUGCCACCUUUGACACUGCCAACGCUAAGGGCAAGGACUGGCAGCUCUUAGCCCAGAAACUCCAUCUAGAUAGGUGAGUGUCCAAGGCUCUGAUCCCAAGUAGCACCAUAUUCCCUACGUAGUGCACUACUUUUCACCAGGGCCCUAUGGCACUAAAUAGGGAAUAGUGUGCCAUUUGAGAUGCUGCCCAACUGUCCAUCAUGUCUCACGGGGUGUUUCAAUGAUUGCUUGAACAAACAGCAGAAGGUAUUUGAGAGACUUUAGUGGUUCCAAAUGAGCCCGAUCAGCUGUCCUCAUUUGAUAUCUUAUCAUGUUAAGCUGAUUUUAAUUGAGUCUGAUGGCACAUCAGUGAAAUGACUGCAUUCACAGAGGGUGAUGCUUUUGGUAGGGAGGGGUAAACCAUUGUUUUAUAGUGAAAUAGUGCCCUCCACUGGAUCUAAUGGCUUUCAGUAAUAUACACAUUGCAAGCUGUUACCACAAACCACCCAUAAACCUACAGAGUACAUUUGUCAUAGGCCUAAAUAUUCAGCUCUAACUUGAAAUUGACUUCUUCCACACAAAUGUUAACUUGUACCUUAGUUGACUUACUUUGAUAUUUCAAGAAAUCCCUGAUCAUGUCCAUUAUGUCUUGUCUCAGAGAAACAUUUUCCAGCACAAUGUCAGUCCCUCCCUGCUGAGAUUAGGAACCAGCGCUGUGCUGAAACACUGAAUUAUAUCUCAUAGGAGACAAAGAUCUAUAAACAACUUUUUUUUUCAUAAACCAAAGUGUUGUUCACUUUGCUAAGUGCUCUGUUACCAUUUUGUCCACUAACGCAUUUCCCUCCUUCCCCCCAGGAACCUGUUGUAUUUUGCUAAGCAACAGAGCCCCUCUGCUGUCAUACUGAGCCUGUGGGAGGCACGACACCAAGACACUGGUGACCUUGACUCUCUGGCAAGCGCUCUGGAGGAAAUUGGCAAGAUCCAGUCCAAAAGCACUGCAGCAAAGAGCCAGGAGGACCCUGAAUCAGACUCUGUACAUCAUUUAGGAACAGGAAGCUCAGACAACCCAGUGUGUGGAAUGGGUGAACUCACCAAUCAUGAGACGGCUAACUCAGUCCCUGAGUAUACUGGCUGA